GCAUGUUUUUCUUCCGGCGACCUCACGUCGCGGUAAUGGACGCUGUGAUGGAGAAUGAAUAGGUUGUAGGUACUCGGGACGUGCAGUUAACGCCAGUAUCCUUCCACCUCUGCAUGAAGGGACACGUGUAACGGCACAGCUACGUGUGGCUGAGUUCAGUUUACACUCUCACUCGCUGUCUUUCUGCGGAUGCUCCGGGACACAUGGAGGCUCCGGUGUCUCGUCCGUCUGCCAGCACGGACGCUCCGCCGUGCCUGGCGGGCAGGAGACACCCCUCCGGCGGGGAGUCGGAGUGUGACCCCGCCCGGGACACCAAGACACACUUCCGCGUCUGUCGCUUCAUCAUGGAGACAGGAGUGAAGCUGGGCAUGCGCUCGGUGCCUGUGGCCACAGCGUGUGUGUUGUACCACCGUUUCUUUAAUCGGGUCAGCAUUGGUUCAUAUGAACCCUACCUGGUGGCCAUGAGCUGUCUGUACCUGGCUGGAAAAGUGGAGGAGCAGCAUAUCAGGACCCGUGACAUCAUCAACGUAAGCCACAGGUAUUUCAACAGUGGCAGUGCGCCUCUAGAAUGUGACAAGGAGUUCUGGGACUUGAGGGACAGCGUGGUGCAGUGCGAGCUCCUCAUCCUCCGACAGCUCAACUUCCACGUCUCCUUUGAACACCCUCACAAGUAUUUACUUCACUACCUAAUGUCUGUGAAGUCGCUGGUGAACCGCCACGCUUGGUCUCGAACCCCCAUCACUGAGACUUCGUGGGCUUUGCUUAGAGACUGUUACCACGGAGACAUGUGCAUCCGCCACACACCUCAACACAUUGCCAUAGCAACGCUGUACCUGGCUUUAAACAGCUACGGAGUGGAGCUGCCUGUCGGGGAGAAGGAGUGGUGGCAGGUGCUGUGUGAGGACGCAACCAAAUCAGACAUCGAUGCUGUGAUCUCAGACCUUCUUCAACUCUAUGACAUGGAGGCCAAGUGUAUCUAAAGGACACGGCAACAAGACCUGCACAUGGGAGACACAUCAAGAGUUAUGUGUGUUGUGUGUUAUUUUCUCGCAGCAGGAAAGUGUGUGUGUACGCACACACACAUGCCUCUGCGCCUCUCUGUUUCUGAGAGGGAAUACUUUGUAUUGCCCCAGUUAGUCUGUGAGGUGUGACAAACAAAUUCAUUACCGAUUGCUGCCACCUGGGGGAGACAUUUCUUGAUGACUCAGCCGUGCAGCAUAAUGUGCUGGAAAUAGCAGCAGCAGGAAUAUCUCUCAACACGUCAGCAUUCUUAUCACACACAUCAUGUUUUAACUACAGAUACCACUGUUUGAUUGGGUAAUCAUAAAUUCAUCCCCAGCCUAAAAGUAAUUCACCAAUAAAUCCAUAAAUCCAUGAAAAGGAAUGGUAUUAGUCUCAGAAUCACUUAGAUACAGUAUCUGUUACGAGACGGCACUGAACUUAACACAUUAGUUCAUUUGACUAUAAAACAUUUUAUCAUUCAGAACACCUUGCUGCAUAAAUCUACAUCAUCACAAGAAAACAUUGAUUUUCUGUGUUGCAUACAAAUAUGUGUCUCAAGAUACAUAUUUAAACUCAUCUUGACAUCACAUAGUUAUAUUAAAAAGUAUACUCAAUGGCUUAAUGACCUCUUCACCAUAAGUGGCAGUAUUUUGCAAUACAAGUGGUUUUUCAAGGUUUUUUUGAUGUUCUUUUUCCAGAUACAUCUCAUAAGUAGUUAAAAGAUGGUUAUAAGUUUUGGAAGAAGAUCGAGCUGAUGGGAAAUAGAGAGGUAAUUUGUUGUAUCAUUAAGAACAAUGUCUGCUGUUUAAAUGACACACUUUAAUAUCAAUCAAAACCAAUGAAUUGUCUUCAGUGUUGUAAUUGUCGCCUGUGUACCAAAGUUGAAUGUUAUUCAACUGAGCUAUAGAGCUCCAUUGUUGUUGCACUGAAUGUCUUCUUAAUUUCCACAAACUGCAGUUUAUUCUGACUGAGACUGACAGGAUCCACAUUCUCAGCAGGAAGCAGUGUGCUUCAGGCUGAGGUAUGAGAACAGAUGAUGGUGUUGGCGUCAGUGCUAAAUGAGGUUGAGAUAGAAGAUCAAUGUGAACACCAGGACCAAACCGAGAGGACAGUACAAGUGUCAUUGUGUGAUUGUUCAUGAGAAUGUUUUUUUUUGAUGAUGACUGUCCUCAUGUUGAUGUCCUGUUUUAAUUUGUGUCUACUUGGUGCAUUUCCUUUGUGCUGUAUGUGACUCAACAAAUUUGAUGAAAAGGGUUCAUUUUGAUAUCUUCACAACAAACAAGGCUUUACUGCACACUGCAGCUGCUAUGAGUUAGAAAAACACUGAUGGACUUUCAAAUGUGCGGUUUGUAAUAAUAUAAACCAAACAUUUUCAAUCAAGGUGAAACCCAAGGAUUUUGAAAAGAUUCUUCUAUAGAUUUGUCUAUAGUAUAUAUGGACAAACUAUUAAAAAAAAAAUAAACUCGUUCAAUUAUGCUCUGUUGCCAAUGCUUUUUUUACUCGCGAUACAGUAAACUGUAUGUAUAAAUAUGUCUGACAGAUACAUUGAAUAAACCCAAUGAUCAAAAAACACA